GAAGGCCUCCAGCCAAUCAGCGGCCGCCCCUCGCGCUGGCCCGUGCACUCGUGUUGUUUGGCGACAUUCGGGGCAGUAUAUAUAAGGGCGCGGAGGGUGAGGCGCCGCGGGCAGCAGGAUGGGGAGCGCCGUGUGGACGGGGUACGUGCAGGCCUGGCUGCCGGCGCUGCUCUGCUACAGCGUCCUCUUCCUGGGCUUGUACUGGCUCCUCAGCUCUCUAUGGGCCUAUUACCACAUCAUCACGAGGAACUACCCGCCGGGUCCUACUCCGCUCCCCUUCGUGGGGAACUUCGGCUUCAUGCUGCUGCCCGGGUGGCUCUUCCAGCUGCUGCAGAUCGGCGCAGACGGCAGGAAACUGAUCAAGGCCCCGGCUGGUGCCAUCCGGAGGGGCGUCCUGCUGUACCCACACGUCGUCCUCACCAACUUGUCCAAGGUCUACGGCAACAUCUACGGCAUUUACAUUGGCAACCGCCUCAUCGUUGUCCUCAAUGACUUUGACACCGUGAAAGAUGCCAUGGUGAACCACAGCGAGGUGUUCUCUGACCGGCCCAGCGUGCCCCUGGUCACCAUUAUCACCAAGAGGAAAGGUAUUGUCUUUGGAACAUAUGGUCCUGUAUGGAGACAGCAGAGAAGAUUUUCCCAUUCCACUUUAAGGCACUUUGGACUCGGAAAGCUCAGCCUGGAACCAAGAAUUAUUGAAGAGUUUAAAUAUGUGAAGGCAGAAAUGUUGAAGUAUGGUGAUAAAGGCUUUAGCCCCUUUCAGAUCAUCAAUAAUGCAGUCUCCAAUGUCAUCUGUUCCAUAAGUUUUGGCAAACGUUUUGACUAUGAGGAUAAGGAGUUCAAGACCAUGCUGAGCAUGAUGUCCCGUGGACUAGAGAUCAGUGUCAAUAGUGAGGCCAUCCUCUCUAACGUUUGCUCUUGGAUGUACUAUCUUCCAUUUGGACCAUUCAAAGAGUUAAGACAAAUUGUUAUAGAUAUCACAGCCUUUCUGAAAAGGAUAAUUGAGGAGCAUAAGCUUUCCUUAGACCCGGAGAACCCCAGGGAUUUUAUUGACAUGUACCUUCUUCAUAUAGAUGAGGAGCAAAGAACUCAAAUUGAGAGUAGCUUCAACACGGAUUACUUGUUCUAUAUUAUUGGUGAUCUCUUCAUUGCAGGAACAGACACGACUACAAACACACUUCUGUGGUCUCUCUUGUAUAUGUGCCUUCACCGAGAUGUCCAGGAAAAAGUCCAAGCUGAAAUUGACUCGGUUAUAGGACGUGAGAGGCCUCCAUCUCUGACCGACAAGAUUCAGAUGCCCUUUACAGAAGCCACUAUUAUGGAGGUGCAAAGAAUGACUGUGGUUGUCCCCCUCUCAGUGCCACACAUGGCGUCUGAAAGUUCAGUGUUUCAGGGAUACACUAUUCCUAAGGGGAGUGUAGUAUUGGCAAAUCUCUGGGCAGUACACCGAGAUCCAAAGGUGUGGGAGAAACCAAAUGAUUUCAAUCCCAGCAGAUUUCUGGAUGAAUAUGGACAGAUCCUGAAGAAAGAAGCUUUCAUACCAUUUGGCAUUGGUCGUCGGGUCUGUAUGGGUGAACAGUUGGCCAAGAUGGAGCUGUUCCUGAUGUUUGUCAACCUGCUGCAGUCUUUCACUUUUUCGUUUGCUAGUGACACAUUUCAGCCGAUGCUGGAGGGACGGUUUGGCUUGACUCUUGCGCCGUACCCAUUUGAUAUCAAGAUUGUUAAAAGAUGAUUGAAACCAGAUAUGUAAUCCAUACAUUUAGCCUGAGCUUUUUAGAAAGAUUGGUCCAAAACAUUACAACUACAGUCCCAGGACAACCAAAGAUUGCGGAAUUCUUAGUCUUUGCUCCUACAACCUUAUGUAGAACGCACACAGUUAUUCCCUUAGCGGUAUGUGGCUCAUUUCCCGGUUCAGACACAUUCAGCCUUUUAUAAUGAACAUCACUAGACUUCUGGGCCCUUCUGCAUCUUGAACAGAGCACAGCACUUUCCUUAUUGACAGUUAGAAUAGCCCCUUGAAUGUCCUGAUGACCUCCUCCAAACCAUAAAAGAAUCCAAGCCCUUCACCCUUUAAUGACCCUAAGGCUGUACUGUAUGAACACUUGACCUGCUGUUAGGUCACGGUAAGGCUACGUGCAAAUCUGCAGCAUAGGUUCCAGCAGGAGCCUCCAUCACAGGAUGAAAUACUGCUGCAUACAGUGGUAUGUCAUCUGGAAAAUGCCUGUACCCCAUUAUAGUGAAUGGAAUUCAGCGGGCAUCGGCAGUUUAUGGCAUAUGCUGGAUCUGGCGAUUUUCGGUAUACCAGAAUCUAGGUACAAGUGUGCACCUAGUCUAAGGGGGGGGGGGAUUAUUAAGCAAUUUAUGCCACUUUUCUGGCAUAUAAAAGUUGAAAGUUUUGGUGCUUGCCGUAUUUUGGGCUAAAAUGGCCACUAUUUUACUUGCCAUUUACUAUACUUGCUGAAAUUGGUGUUACCUGUAGCAGAAAUCUUCUAAUUUCUGGCGUAUGGACAGACAAAGAUGCAACUAAUCUUUUAAGAGGCGUGCUCCACUAAUAGAUUUGGCACAUCUUAGUCCAAUUCUGUUUUAGGACUGGCUUCUGAAGUGCCAGCAUCAGUAACGUUUCCUCAUUGCUGUGCUAACAGUAGCUUGUAUCAUAAUGACACGGAGCAGUUUGUACUAGCAUGAAGGAAUAUGCUAAAGAUAUAAAAUAGUAAUCCUUUAAUGGGAUUUAAAAAAAUAAAUUUUAAUGAAAUAAAAAAUACAUUUUAAUCAAAUAGAAAAUGUAAAAAAACUUGAUUAUUUAGUGUAUAAGUACAUUCUCUUCUGCAUAUAUUAAAAUAGAACCGCAUAAGGCUACUUUCACACUUGCGGCAGUGUGAUCCGGCGGGCAGUUCCGUCGUCGGAACUGGCCGCCGGAUCCGC